AUGGAUCAACUGGAAAUGCCUAAUUCAGCAAUGACCCAACAGCUAUUUAGCAUUCCAAGAAUUUCGCAAGUGAUAAGAGAUAAGAUAGAACGGAAUCCUGAUACAACAAUCUGGAAUGUGGUUUCAUCAAUAUUCGGAAAACGGUCUAGUCAGCUAGAUUGUUAAUCCUAAUCAAAUUUGUU